CCUUCGUUUGCCAGGAAAUGAUAGGGAUUUUUUUGGUGCUGCGUCACGUCGUCUUUUGCUCCGCACAUAAAGAAGUUUUCAUCUACCCGAGCAUCGUCGAAGAACGGACAACUGCAGGAAAGUUAGUCCUACGACUCAACGAUGACAUCACCCUCAAUCUUGAAAGGAGUUCGGUGUUGGCGAAAAACCUCCGUUUUAUUACAACCUACAGAAGUGGACAUCACUUGAGCACGAUUGACACGUCUUCGAUUCAGGAGAACCUCUAUCAGGAUCCUCAGUGGCAGUCAUCUGUUAAAGUAAUCCGUAAGAAUGGAGGCGUCCAAGUUGAAGGUAUCAUCGACAGUAAGCGCAGAAUCAAACCAUUACUGCAGAGCAAGCGCUCUUCACAAGAUCAGGUGCUUCAUAGCAUCUACGAAGUGGAAGAAAUUAGUAACCAUAUAAGCGAACCCGACUCUGCGUAUGGACGGUUAUUACAGUCAAGCUUAUCGAACACAAGUAAUGUAACUGCCCGAACAUCGGAGUCCGCUAAGAGUUUCGCUGUGGAACUUCAUGUUUUAUCUGACGAGUACCACCAAAAACACUUCAUCCUGAGGGAAUCCCUGAUUGAAUACAUGGCAGUUAUGGUGACUGCGGUCAAUCUGAGAUUCCAGGGUAUGGUGGGCCUACGUAUUUUCUUCAAACUUGUUGGGAUCACAAGAAGUCACAAUGACGUAUUUGCUAGACAUAUUGUCGGCGUCAUUGACUCAUGGCAAACUCUGGAGGGACUCGUGAAAUAUACCAAAGAGGGUAAUGUUGAUGGGAGCUUUGAUGCACUGUACCUGAUGACCGGUAGGGAAUUGGCCAGCAUUCGGAGCAACGGCUACGUUGACAUGGACGUGGCAGGACUUGCGUACGUCGGCCAAGUAUGCACUAUCUAUGCAGUCGCCGAGGGCGAAGAUGUUGCCACGUCAUAUGCCGGCGUUCAAACCAUGGCGCAUGAACUUGCACACACGUUGGGAGCAACACACGACCCUCAGGACAGCAGUAACUGCUCGUGGACUAAGGGAUAUCUGAUGAGUUACGAGGACAAAGGUCACUCAAGGUCGAUUGCAUCCAGGAAAUGGCAACCGUAACGUUUUCUACGAAAAGUAAUGGUACCCUGCCAGGGCAAAGUAUAACUGCAAAUAGAUUCUGCAGACUCAAAAUGCAGAGAAAAUUAAGGUUAAAGAGAAUCAGAAGUGCUGCCUACUCAUUCAUGCCACUAGAUCUUGCCUGGAAGUGUAAGAUGAAGUGCUGCUACAAAAAAGGCACUGAGACAUGGUGCGAAGAAGUUGAUAUUUUAGAAGGCAUGAAAUGCACAGACAGAAACACAUGCAAAAGGGGCAUUUGUGCAGAUCAUAUGCGAGCUGAAAAAUAACCACUGGACAACAGUAAAAUGGCUCUCCGUAAACGUGAGGCUGACUUCGCCGGUGUUGUUUGCAGGCGCCUUUGCGUUUUGAUCGACCGGCCUUUUCGCCCAUCGUCGUUUUGUGAAAUAUUACGUUCAGCUUACCGAAAUUUCAGUAUUGCAAUUGUAAAGUAAAAUAUCUAAAAUUAUUUUUUAUUUUUUACAAGGAUGCCCAGAAUGAGCUCAAUAAAUGUUUUUAAAAUGUGGGAGCCACAUUUUUGUUUCGUUGUUCACAACA